AUGCAAGAUCAGCCCAUAGUCAUCGAUAGUUUGAACGUAAUCCAUGUCGCCGGAACGAAAGGCAAAGGCAGCACAUGCGCCUUCGUGGACAGCUUCCUACGUGAACAUGGAAGAAAUAAUGGAAUCACGCGAAAAAUUGGACUCUAUACAUCGCCAAGUCUGUGGCCGCAGAACAGAAUCCGGAUCGACUCAAAUCCGUUAUCAGAGGAACUGUUCUUCCAGCGCUUCGAGGAAGUAUGUGUUGGCCUGUCUCUUGAUCCUGAUGGGCUGUUCCCUGCAAAUACCAAGAGACCGGGUUUACUCCAAAUGAUGGCCAUUGUGUCAUUCCACACGUUUAUUAAAGAAGGCGUGGAUGUUGUCAUUUGCGAGACGCAUCACGGUGGUCAAUUUGAUGCCACGAAUUUUGUUGAUCGUCCGGUUAUUACUGCUAUCACGAAGAUUGGAAUUGAUCACGUUGAUAGUUUAGGAGGAUCUAUCCAACAUAUUGCUUGGCACAAGAGUGGGAUCUUCAAGGACGGAGUCAUUGCCUUUUCUGUUCCACAGGUCCCCGAGGCUGAAGAUGAGAUAAAACGCCGAGGAAAGGAGUUAGGCGCAUCACCUCACUUCAUGGAAAAUGCCAAGAGCACGUUAGUCCAAUUUGUUACUGAUGACAUUUUUGACACGAUACAGCCUGAACAGCAAGAAAACUGUGCACUGGCUGCACAGAUCGCUCAUACAUUUCUGCAAAUGAAUGGUCAGUCUCUCCAGGAACAGGACGUUCAGGAAGGCAUCUUGAAGUUUCGUUGGCCUGCUCGCUUUGAUAUUGUCGAGUUUAGUGGGUGUACUUGGUACCUGGAUGGAGCGCACAACGAAAUGAGCAUGCAAGUUGUCGGAAAGUGGUAUGAGCGAGUGGCCAACACGAGGUAG